GAACUCGCCGCUCGAGUAACGCGCUCGAAUGCAUCACAAUCACAAAUCAAAACAAAUUCCAACUGACAAUUUGACAUUUAGUUUUUUUUUUGUUGACUUUACUUGCACAAACAAUUGUAACAUAUAUUUUAGUGUUCUAUGCAGCAAAUGAAAUAUCAAUGAGAAGCUGUCAAAAAGAGACGUACUGAUUCCCGUACUUAUACGCACUGAACGAAAAUAUUUUUGUUCGCUAUGUGACUUAGAAUCAGUGUCGUUUUUCGUAUAUAAAACCUUCAAUUGUUUUGUGUGCUACGAUAUAAAUAGUGUGUUAAGGUUUUGGUAUUCUACAUAAAAAAGAGUGGCCAUGGAAAGACUUGAAACAGACGAUGGCAGCGGCGCUGAACGACCCGAAAAAGAUGUUAACAAAGCUGAAUAUUAUAUAUCGCAAUUGAAUUCCAACAAUGCCAAGAAAGUUGCGCUGUGCCUGGUUUUGGGUUUCAUCUUCUAUCACGGAUUGAUACAUUUGAGAUACGGUACUGACUCAUGCAAAUGGCUGCUGUCCGAUGGACGAUUCAAAGGGAAUCGAGAAUGGCAACCGUAUGGCUGUAUGAUGCAUAAAUAUUCGCAAACCGACACGAAGCGUUGUUUUCGGUAUUUGGUAUUUUGGGGUAGUCACCAUCACUUUGUAUUCAUCGGCGAUGUUCGAAUUCGUAACUUGUACCAAGCGUUUGUUAAGCAUUUGCAGGCAUAUUCCUCUGCAGCCAAUGCGGAAGACAACAAAUCGGCAGCAUUCCAUUACGACGAGCCAGUCAUAAAUCUGGAGUAUACUGAUUACAAGCUGAAACUACGAAUAAAUUACAUCUAUGCACCGGAUCUGACUCCGAUGAUAACCGAAUUCAAUCGGUGGCAAAAUACAGAAGAUCCGCCGUCAUUCAUCGUAGCGAGCACGACGAGUGCUCAUUUUCUGCAGGGAAAUAUUACAUCCGAAAUCAUGAAGAGCUACUCAAUGAAUCUAUCGAAACUACUUCAGCCCAUUGACACUUUGAAUCGGGAGAAAAAAGCGAAAAUUUUGUGGAAGCUCCAAGAUCCGGUGGAUGAGGAUAAGCUUGUGGAAGGGUGGAAAAAUGUGCAAAAUGAUAACAUUGAUAAAUACAAUGAAGCCGUUUAUUCGAUUCUCAAGUAUUCCGGCGUUCAGAUUUGGUCAUCGUCGAAGCAUAUCGCAAGUGGCCUAUUGGAUGAAGCGAUUGAUGGAUGGCAUUUGAGUAAAUUGGCUGCACAACAUGAUGUUCAAACAAUUUUGAACAUGUACUGCAACGAUUACAUGAAUUUCAAUGACGGUUCGUGUUGCAGCAGUGCCGAACCGUACACCGUGCUUCAAAUUAUUACAUAUGCUGUAUUUGGAGUGAGCUUAUCACUGACCAUGGCGAUGCUGACCCGAAGAUGGUGGCUGCACUUACGCGGAUAUACAUUCUAUGUACCAUUACGACGACAAGGAGGCAGUAGCGUCGCAAAUAUUCUCACCAACGAUUUGAGCACACCAUUGUUUGCCAUUUCAACGCUGGCCAUUAUCAUGGGAUACUUUUACCUUUGUGAUCGUACUAAUUUCUUUAUGAAAGAGAACAAAUAUUACUCGGAAUUCAGUUUUUGGAUACCGUUAGGCUAUGUAUUUGUGUUGGGGCUGUUUUUCACGGAAGAUAGUCGAUUCACGAAGGUUUUGCACAGAGAUCAAACGGACGAAUUGAAGGGAUGGAUGCAAUUAGUCAUAUUGAUCUAUCAUUUGACUGGAGCGGAAAGAAUUACACCGAUUUACAUGCAAAUCAAAGUAUUAAUUUCUGCAUAUUUAUUUCUAUCCGGUUACAAUCACUUCAGCUACAUGUGGCACACGGGCAAUGCGGGCCUAACGCGUUUCCUUCAAAUUUUAUUCCGCAUGAAUUUCAUGACCAUUGUUCUGUGUCUCUGCAUGAAUCGACCGUAUCAAUUUUACUACUUUGUGCCAUUGAUAUCAUUCUGGUUUGUGAUCAUUUACUUUGUUCUGGCGCUUCCACCGCACAUCACUUCGAGUAGCGUGGAAAAUAAUCCAUACAAAUAUUGUUAUUUGGUGUUGAAAUUUGUGUGUUUACUCAUUGUGAUCACGAUUUUCUACAUGAGCGAAGUGUUCUUUGAGCGAGUGUUCGUGACACGUCCAUGGAAAGCAUUAUUUGUUACGACCGACGAUGAUAUUCAUCAAUGGUGGUAUAGAUGGAAAUUGGAUCGUUACACAGUGACUUAUGGCAUGGUUUUUGCGUCCAUUUUUCACAUCGCCCAAAAAUUCAAUAUCAUCGAUGACAACACAAAUCACAACUUAUUACCCGGUCGUACUUCAAUUAUGGCUGCGAUACUUUCGUUGGGUGGAAUCGCUUUUUACACCACAUUCUCGUUUCUAUGCCGCAAUAAACAGGACUGCGAAGAAAUCCAUUCGUAUGUGGUAUUCGUGCCAAUCGUCAGCUACAUCGUUCUACGGAACAUUAGCGGCAUAUUUCGCAUACGAUUUUCAUCGUUUUUUGCCUGGUUUGGUCGCAUAUCAUUGGAAUUAUUCAUUUGUCAAUAUCACAUCUGGUUGGCGGCCGAUAGAAAUGGCGUUCUUGUACUUUUGCCUGGUUUCCCAACUCUAAACAUUUUGAUAUCAUCAUUCAUUUUUGUUUGUGCUUCGCAUGAAGUGCAUCGUCUAACUCAAGUCCUAUUACCCUAUGCUGUUCCAAAUGACUGGAAAGUCGCCCUGAGAAACCUCAUCGUAUUCCUAAUCGUACUUAUACCGAUCGGCAAAUAUGAUGGCAUGUUCUAAAGCCGAUCGCCUUCAGUUUCCUAAUCUUUAUUUGAACAUCCUGCUUAGUCAUAGUUACAUGGGUUAAAUUGUAUUAUAACUGAAUAUUGUGUUAGCUAUGGUGAUUUGAAGAAGAAAAAACCAAAUUGUAUCACAAACAUAAUAAAAUAAAUUGACUCUAUGAAAAUGA